AUGGCACCUGGGAACAGAAACCUGUUGAGGAUUUCUAUGGAUAACAACGAAAAGAGCUUUGACAAGCAAUGCUGUUCAUACGGUGAAGGCUACACAGGAACUCUAAAGCUGCGAUCGGCGAUGGCGAAACACCUAAACGCUCAUUUUAGGCCAGCGCAGGCGAUUGAUGCUGAGGAGAUUACUUUCGCUGCUGGGGUAACAAGCCUGAAUGAAGCCUGCGCCCUUAUCUUUUGUGAUCCAGGUGACGCUAUCAUGUUGGUCAGCCCUGUAUAUGGGGCUUUCAACCGAGAUCUUAGCACCAGGACUAGGAUUCACCUGGAGUAUAUAUCUGUUGGAGACGCGGAUCAAUUUUCGCCUGAAUGUAUCGCUGCUCUAGAUGCAGAAUUCGAAGCGGCGAGAGCGCGGGGAACGAAUAUCAAAGCCUUAAUAAUAUGCAACCCACACAAUCCGCUUGGACGCUGUUAUCCCCGGGAGACUUUGAUUAUGCUCCUUCGUAUAUGUGCUUCAAAAGGAAUCCAUCUAAUCAGCGACGAAAUAUAUGCUCUUUCGGUCUAUAAUCGGUAUGACCGUCCGUCGGAAAAGUUCACCUCCGUUCGCUCGAUUGAUUUCACCGAUAUCAUCAACCCAACACAAGUUCAUAUUCUUUAUGGACUGUCAAAGGUAAAGCUAAGCGACCAUGAUAUAUCUAGGAUGAAUAAUGGGACUAAUGCCCAAGAAUCAGGACUUCGGUGCAAGUGGAAUGCGACUAGGCUGUGUAGUAUCCCAAAAUCCAGAAUUUAUUAA